AGCUCAGAGUGAUUUUCUAUCUCCUGUCCUCUCGUUACCAAUCAAGCCCCUAAGAUAUUCACAUAUUUGAUUGCUUAGUUGUUACACAAAUGAUUCUCUAGGGUUUCUUGAGAGCUGAUGAUGUCAAGAACCUGUUUACUGGUAGUUCUUCUCCUGCUGAUUGUAUCUACAUCGCAAUUUGAGUGGAAUCAACAAUUCGGGAGAGAAACCCAAGCAACUCCGGUUGUCUUGCGGAGGAAGCAGUAUAGCUCAAAAAGGGAAGAAACUGUCAAAGAGAAGAUCAUUCUCUCUCAAGAAAAGAAAAUUCAUAAACUUAAUGAGCGUGCAAGGAAUCUUCAGCAGCAGUUGUUGGAGUGCAGAAAUCAAAUAUAUGUUGUCAAUGUAACGCAAUGAUGUUGACUGGGCUUCAGCAACGUCCAUCUUGGAGGACUAGAGAUUUUUCCACACUUGUUUGUCUUUGAUAUGUUCGGUACAUUGCAGACGUUUCUUUUCGCGUAAGCAAUUUAGUUUGAAUUUUCAAUGAUAUCUACAUUGUUUCAGUGACUUCAUUAAAUCAAACUCGAUUUCAAUAUACCAUGUCAAAAUUUAAUCUGCGCUGGGCUUGGUGUUUCUUUAA